CAUCUUCUCUAGACUCACUUCCAUAACGACAGGAUUGAGAGAGUAAAUGUGUAUAACGAUAAUAGAUUCUAGUUCGCAAUAUAAAGCUUUAUAUAACACUUAUGGACCGUGAUGUUGCAGUGAUAACUAAUGCUACCCAGGAAGGCUGCUAAGACAUGUAUAUAUCCAAUGCAAUACAGCUGGUGGAGUCCUAUGUCCUAGUACUCUGUACCCUUUUACAUGGGAUACAAAUAUCGCAAAGUUAUAGCAUAAAACAGAAUACAUCAGGGUUGUGCACCCCGGUAGGUGUAUAUAAAACAAAGGAUCAUAUCAGGCAUGGAUUUGCAAUAAAUGAAUCCAGUGGACAGCCUUAUGAACUUGGAGCUACAUUGCUAACGACACCUCUUUUCUAUCUCAAUGACCCAUUACACGUAGGUCAUGCGUAUACCCUAGUAUCAGCGGAUGCCAUUAAGAAGUACUAUAAGCUAUUGGGGAGGACUAUCCUGAUUCUUUCCGGAACCGAUGAACAUGGAACCAAGAUAGCAAAUGCAGCACAGACAAAUGGUGAAAAGCCUGAGAUCUUUAUCGAGCGUAUGAGGCAACAUUACACAGAUGUCUAUGAAGCCUACGACGUGAGUGUGGAUAUCAACGUUCAUACAUCCCUCGAACAACACAAAGAAAAGGUUAAGAAAACUUUUGGAUACCUACUCGAAAAGGGUGAUAUAUACGAAGGCGUACACAAAGGAUACUUCUCACCAACAGAGGAGACUUAUUAUACCGAAUUUCAACUAAUUAAUGGAAAGUCACCCUUAGGUUUUGACGUAUACCCAGUUGCUGAAAAAGCAUACUUUUUUAGACUGUCCAAAUAUAAAGAUGCAUUGCUGCAGUUGAUUAAACGGGAGGGUUUUAUAGUACCAAAAGAACGGCAAAACGAAGCAAUUGGUCUCCUCAGUGGUAAUCUACCAGACAUAGCUAUCACAAGGUCAAAUACAACUUGGGGAGUGCCGGUAGGUCAACCAGGUUUUGAAGGGCAUACGAUAUACGUUUGGUUAGAUGCAUUAUUGGGAUACUGUAUCGACAGAAAUCAAUAUGGAGUUGGUACUGAGACUUUGAUGCUUUUCGGAAAGGAUAUCUUGCGAUUUAUGACCUUGGUAUGGCCUGCACUCCUGAUGGCACUAGAGAUGCCAAUGCCACAACAGAUGGUCUGUCACGGUUGGUUAAUGAGCAACGAUGAAAAAAUAUCAAAGUCAAAAGGUGAUAAAGUAUUCGCGCUACCGCCAAUUGGAACGUCAGAUGUAUCGAGAUUUGUCCUGAUGAACCUAGGUGCAUUUGGCGAAGACAUCCAAUAUAAUCCUAAAAGGGUAGAGGACAUGAAGAACAUUGUAAGGGACAAGUACGCCAAUUUAACUUACAGGCUAACUGGCAUGAUAGACAAAAGGGGUAUUUUGGAAAUCAACCACCGUGAUACAGAGUGUAUAAACCACUUUGUUGAGGGUAUUACCAAGAAGUGGGAGUGUUUGCAAAAUAUUAUGGAACAUCAUAGAAUCGACAAAUACGUCAACGAAGUAACUGAGGUGGCAGGUUGCAUCAAUAGCUACAUCACGCAUAAACAAGUUUGGGACUUACAUGAUGAGGAUGAAUUCCAAAGUCAUGCACUUGCCAUAUGCCAAUCAUUACUCGUGCUUAGUGCGUAUAUAUAUCCAAUAAUGCCACAGUUGACACGGAUGAACAUCGAAAGGCUGCAACCAGAAAUUAACGGUACACCGAUAAAAAUUUCUACAAUGGCAAAAUUGCUAGACACUCUGCAUAUGGUAGAUUUUAGACCACAGCACUUGUGCCCCUUAACGUAGACGACGCUUGGUAUACUCGCGCGUACUCCAUUUGUUCUUG